GCUACUUUGAUUAAAAUUCUUUUGGAAUCUGCUUGGCUAAUACGUCUAUGCAAGAUUUCAUCAUGGGAAAUUUCUAUUACAACAUAGUGGCUACUGUGCUGUUGGUCAUGAAUUUCGAGAGGACAAGAUCAUUGCAGGAUUUCUGCAGUAACUGUUCAGCGGGUACUUUCUGUGGGAAAAACAAGCAUGAGCUUUGCACUCCUUGUCCUUCAAAUAGUUUCUCCAGCACAAGUGGACAAAAGGCCUGUGACGUAUGCAGGAAGUGUGAAGGUGUUUUCAGGACCAAGAAAGCAUGUUCCUCCACCAGCAAUGCAGAGUGCGAGUGUGUGUCGGGAUUCUACUGCCUGGGAGAAGGAUGUAACAUGUGUGAAGAGGAUUGUAAACAAGGUCAAGAAUUAACAAAAGAGGGUUGUAAAGACUGUUCCUUUGGGACAUUUAAUGAUCGGGAACAUGGUGACUGUAAACCUUGGACAGACUGUUCUUUGGAUGGGAAGUCUGUCCUUGUGAAUGGGACGAAGGAAAGCGAUGUGGUAUGCGGACCAGCAACAGCUGACUUCUCUCCAGGUGCAUCCUCCACCGUCACGCCUGCCCCUGGGGGAGAGCCAGGUCACACCACCCGGAUCAUUAUCUUCUUUCUUGCACUGACGUCGACUGCAGUGCUGUUCUUGGCGUCCUUCGUGGUGUUCCGUUUCUCUGUGGUUAAACAGGGCAGAAAGAAGCUUCUGUAUAUAUUCAAACAACCAUUUAUGAGACCAGUACAAACAGCCCAAGAGGAAGAUGCCUGCAGUUGCCGGUUUCCAGAAGAAGAGGAAGGAGUGUGUGAACUGUGAAGAGGAAAUCCACAGAUGUGUUGGAACUCUCUUGAGAAGAAUCACAGGAGAAAUAUGAGGGAUCCCACUACCGUACCUUUCAAAUUUAAAAACUCCAUACUGGAUAAUACCAACGGUUACCCUAACAAGUUUUUUUUUCUAAAUGCUAAUGACUUGGCCUUUCAAGAUGUACCACUUUUAACAGAACAGAAAAAUGGGACAGAAAUGGUGGUAAAAGUGAUAUUUUCUAGAUACUGCUUGAGAGGUUUGGGCUAGUUUUCUUGAAAUCCAAAGAGAAUUAUAUUUUAAAUUUAAUCAUGUAGGCCAAUCGUGCAGGUAAAAUUAUAAUCAAAAUCAAUUAUAUAUAUAUUUUUGGUGCUAAUAUGACAUAUGGCAAUAGCCAUAAGAUGCAGGCACUAUCCCCCAUCAAAUUUUCCAUGGGUUCAAUCAUUCAACACAAGACAUCCUCCAUUGUCAGGGGAGAAUGAGGACAGUCAUCGUCAUUGCCCAAGUUUGGGGUCAAGAGCAAAAAACUAAAAAAUAACAGACCUUGGGACUUCCCUGGUGGUCCAGUGGUUAAGACACCUCACUCCCAAUGCAGGGGGC